AUGGAAGCUUCAACCCUUGAUGCAAGCCGCAGCAAUGCCAUUCUGAUUGUGACUUCCGUUUUCUUGGCUAUUUCGCUCAUCAGCGUUGCGCUCCGCAUCUUUGUUCGCACGCGCAUUGUUCGUGCCUUUGGGUGGGAUGAUGGCAUUAUGGUGCUGGCCAUGGGCCUUAACCUCGUCUUCGCCAUCUGUGGAAUCCUAGGAAGUAAAUAUGGAAUCGGCAGGCAAUUGGCCUUUUUCGCGCUUCACCCGGAUUACCUCCACCGCGCAUUGCUGUGCUGGUGGCUCGGCCAAAUCUUCUAUGUCUUAACCUGCGUCGCCGCAAAGAUCUCCAUUAUCAUCGCCCUCCUUCGCAUCACCGUCGAUCGCAUCCACGCCUACGUUCUUUACGCUGCCAUGCUACUCGCCACUGCCGUUGGCCUCAUUUUCUUCUUCUUCACCAUGUUCCAAUGCUCGCCCGUCAACUUCUUCUGGAAUAUUAAGCAGCCCGGGGCGCAUGGCACCUGCGUUAAUAAAAACACUCUCAUCUCUAUUGCGUACCUCUACAGUGUUGGCGCGGCGGUCACCGAUCUGACGAUUGGUCUGUUGCCCGUGGCGUUGAUCUGGAACUUGCGCAUGAAUCGCCGGACCAAGGGCGCAAUUGCCGGGAUUCUGGGCAUUGGUUGCAUUGCGAGUGCUGCGGUUAUUGUUCGCAUUCCGUUCGUUCAUCAUUACAAGGAUGUGGAAUUCCUGUAUGCCACUUACCAAAUUUCCAUCUGGUCCAAUGUCGAAGCAGGCCUCGGCAUCACAGCGGGUUGCCUCACUACCCUCAGACCUCUUGUCCGCUUUCUCCGCGACGGCUCCUCAAGCCACAGCCGAACACCUCGGUCCUUUCCCCUUUCCAGUAAUGUCGCCGGUUUCCAUCGCUCGUCACGCUCGCAUUCGAAAUUGACUUCGCACCAUGACGCGAAUCAGUUGUGGACUGGGACGGAAACUGAAGACCAUGGCGUGACUACGACCAUCAUGGGCACGAGGCGGGUCAAAGCGCCCAGCAGUAGCGAAGAAGAUCUAAAUCCUUCGCCGUGGAAGGUCGAGAGAUCUGUUAGAGUGUCUGUGCGCGAUUCAUGA